CGGGACUGAGUGUCAUUCGUCGGUAAGACAUCACCAAGAAGCAAGUGGGUACCGAACCACGCGAGACAUGAGUCGAAACGAACGUUGCUUCCUCCUUUUAAUAAUCUGCGUCCUGCUAAGUGAUUAUCAAGUGAACUCGGACCGGGACGCUCGUUUAUCGAGGAAAAAACGAUACGUCGUUUUCCCCGAAGGCUCGACUUUCUCUAUCGCUCUAUGUCUUACGGUGCAUACUCUGACACCGGACGAUAACAUUUUCACGGAGGGAGUCAAUUGGGGUAUCUCGUAUGACCUACCAAACGAAAGCAAGCCGGCUCUAGAACCCCUUUUGCAAUUAAGACACGAUGAGAUUAAACCUCUGAAGAAAUAUGGUCAUCAUUCGACGGUGAACGCGAUCAACAAGAACAUCGUGAAAUAUUCCGGAUGGAACAGAAACGAUAAGUAUUACGUGAAACCAGGGAAAAGCAAGUACCACAAGUCAGACUACUAUUACUUGCAACGUAGACAUCGCAGGCAACUUUACAACAAACUGGAGACCAUUAUGAACGCGAUGAACUUCGAAGGGAGAACGUGCGUGCUUCGAGCGCUCUGCGAGGCCUCUCAGCGGCUGAUGCCCAAAGGAAACACUCUCAUCGAAGAGAUGAUGAGGAUAUCAUUCUCCUUCCCUUUGAAGCGGCUGUUCGCUCAUGAGCCGGAGGAGCAUCAUGCGUAUAGCAGAGCUCACAAAGCAGGCCAUGAGGGCCAUGAUUGCGCCUCCAUGUACGCCGGAUGCAGUUUCUCCCUGAUCGACAUGGCCCUCGGGAAAUACGACACGUCAGCGACGCGGCGAUCUCAACUUCCGCCAGGAUAUGCCGAUACGGCUGAAUCUUUCGGAGACUGGGCCAGGUACAACAUGAAAUAA